CAAACUCCUAGGUCAAACCUUCGUCGUAUGCAAGAGACUUUCAACGACUAGUCCGCGUGACGUAGAACGUGUGUGAUAAAUUCAAUUAAACUGAAAACUAAAGAAGAAAAAAUUAGUGUCGAAAAAGCGGAAGAUGCCGAAAAAAACUGCGGUGAAAAUAUGAUGGAAGUUGUUGAGAUCACAGAGGAAGUGCCUGCUCGAAGUCAGUUCACAGUCGACGAUCUAGACAUAGAAAUUCUACCGAUUGUGUACGAAAUAAUCCGAAGCGUAGAAAAAGAUCCCCAUGACAAUACCCAAAAAGCUAAGGAUUCUCAGGACACGAGUCACAAAAUACUAGAAUUACAAAAAAAAUUGGACUCGGCAAGAUCACAGAUUAAAAGAUUGCCUGGAAUAGAAUAUAGCAAAGAGGAGCAAUUACAGAAGCUAGAAACACUUCGUAGGCAGCUCAGAUUGAAGCGAGAACUACUACUCAAGUAUCGUAACAUGUGUACAUUUGACAUACCCAAAGUAUAA